AUGUCGGAUGCGCAGAACAUUUCACUAGACAGCCCGGGGAGCGUGGGGGCUGUGGCAGUGCCUGUGGUCUUUGCCACCAUCUUCCUGCUGGGCACGGUGGGCAAUGGGCUGGUCCUGGCCGUGCUGCUGCAGCCCAGCCCCAGCGCCUGGCAGGAGCCGGGCAGCACUACGGACCUGUUCAUCCUCAACCUAGCAGUGGCCGACCUCUGCUUCAUCCUGUGCUGCGUGCCUUUCCAGGCCGCCAUCUACACGCUGGACGCCUGGCUCUUCGGGGCGCUCGUCUGUAAGGCCGUGCACCUGUUCAUCUACCUCACCAUGUAUGCCAGCAGCUUCACGCUGGCCGCCGUCUCGGUGGACAGGUACCUGGCCGUGCGGCACCCGCUGCGCUCGCGGGCCCUGCGCACACCGCGCAACGCCCGCGCCGCCGUGGGGCUCGUCUGGCUGCUGGCUGCCCUCUUCUCGGCGCCCUACCUCAGCUACUAUGGCACCGUGCGCUACGGCGCGCUGGAGCUCUGCGUGCCCGCCUGGGAGGACGCGCGCCGGCGCGCGCUCGACGUGGCCACCUUCGCCGCCGGCUACCUGCUGCCCGUGGCCGUGGUGAGCCUGGCCUACGCGCGCACGCUGCGCUCCCUGUGGGCGGCCGUGGGCCCCGCGGGCGCGGCGGCGGCGGAGGCCCGGCGCAGAGCCACGGGCCGCGCGGGGCGAACCAUGCUGGCGGUGGCCGCGCUCUACGCGCUCUGCUGGGGCCCGCACCACGCGCUCAUCCUCUGCUUCUGGUUCGGCCGCUUCGCCUUCAGCCCGGCCACCUACGCCUGCCGCCUGGCCUCGCACUGCCUCGCCUACGCCAACUCCUGCCUCAACCCGCUCGUCUACGCGCUCGCCUCGCGCCACUUCCGCGCGCGCUUCCGCCGCCUGUGGCCCUGCGGCCGCCGCCGCCGCCGCCCCCGCGCCCGCUGCGCCCCGGGCGCCCGCCGCGCCCACCGCCGCGUCCGCCCUGCCGCCGCCGCGGGCCCUGCCGGCUGCCCCGGGGACGCCCGGCCUCGCGGGAGGCUGGCGGCGGGCGGAGGCCCGGGCGGGGGUCCCGGGGAGGAGCCCGCCCGCGCCGGAGAGGCUGGACCGGCCCCGUCUGCCCCGGGACCGGAAUAA